AUGGACGACGACCAUCACAUGGGGCCUGGCGGGACGGUGAAGAACGUGGUGCUGUUCGUGGGGUCGGGCCUGGGCCCGGCCGGCGUGACCCUCACGCGCAGCUUCCAGGAGGUCCUUCGCAAGGGCGACGCCUCCGUCCCCACCACCCUCGCCUUCGAGCCCUACCUCACCGCCACCCUCCGCACCCGUGCCUACAGCAGCGCGACGACGGACGCGGCUGCUGCGGCGAGCGCGCUGGCGACGGGCAAGAAGACCGAUAAUGGCAUGGCGGCCGUCGACCCCGAGUCCAAGGCCAAGGCCGGCCUCAAGACCGGAUUCAUUACGACGGACGAGCUGGCCGGCCCGGUGGCUGCCGCUUUCACGAGUCACAUGGAGCACGCCAACAUGCCGGCCAUGGUUGCCGGCCAGCAGCUCACCUCCAAGAUCGACCUGCUGAUGGGCGGAGGCCGCACGUACUACGCCGACAAGACCAAGGACUGGACCGACGCCUCCUACGCCACCCCCACCAACGCCGCCGAACUGGAGAAGGUGGCGAAGCUGCCGGUGUUGGGUCUGUUCGCCGACAAGAAGAUGGACUUUGCGAUCGACCAGAAGAGCGGCGACAAGAAGCAGCCCACGCUCCUCCAGAUGACCAAGAAGGCCCUCGACCUUCUUCACAACGACAAGGGCUUCUUCCUUGUCGUCGAAGCUGGCAGGAUCGACGAGUGCGCGUACGCACACGAUGCGGCGUGCUUGGCGCACGAGGUGCUGGCCCUGCAGGAGAGCUUCGACGCCGUGGCUGACCUCCUCAUCAAGACUAAGGACACCGCCUGCCUCAUCGCCUCUGACCGCGAUUCCGGCGGGCUGAUUCUGAGCAGCUGGGAUCCCUCCGUGCUCAAGCCGACCACCACCUCCGUGGAGGCCAUCGUGCAAAAGAUGGGCACCAUGUCCGAAGGCUCCGUCGACGAGAAGGCCAAGACGCAAGUCAAGGCCGCCACCGGCCUCGAUCUCACCGCCGCCGAGCUCAACCAAAUCAAGGCCAGCGACCAGGCCCAGCUCGGCAGCACGAUCGGAAGCGUCAUUUCCGCCCGAGCCGGCAUCUCGUGGAGCACCACCAGCGACACUGGGGUCGACGUCAACCUGUACGUGUGCGGAGACGCGACCACGGACGUUCCGCGAGGAAACGUGGACAACACGGCGGUCGGCGUGUACCUCAUGAAGAAGGUCCCCUCCGCCACUGGCGCCACCACGACCACCACCACCGGCGGUGGCAUGGACAUGGGCGGCCAUGGCGGCCAUCACCACUAA